AUGCCAGUUAAAAAGGGAUCCAAGAAGAAAGGAAAGAAGAAAUCUCUAAAAUCUUCGAAAGUUGAUAAGGAAGAUGUGAAAUUAGAGAAUAUGGAACCAGGAUCGGUAGUAUCAGGAAUGAAGACUGAUCCAGUUUUAGCUGCUGCAUCUUCUAGCGGGAAGAAGAAAAAGAAAGGAAAGAAGAAAAAAAUGACUAAAUCUGAAAGAGCUCUAGCAAAGUUAGAGAAAGCUGUAGACAAGAUAAGAGAAGAUGAGGUGCAUUAUGAUCAUCUAAUAACUAGAAUUAAUCAAUGGUUAAUUGAAAUCUCACCAAAAGCUAUUCCGUUAUUUAGUAAAAUAGAUGUCACUGGAGAUGGGAUAUUGACUUACGAGGAAUUUAAAUCAGGUAUGUUUGAUUUGAAUAUUCCACUAAAUAAAACAGAGCUACAUCUACUGACUAAAUUACUAGAUAAAGAUGACAGUGGUGAGAUAGAUUAUACAGAAUUUACUAAAGGUUUACAACAUGUCAGAAAAGAAAGUAUAGAACUUGAGAAAGAUAAAGAUGAAGUCAGUUUAAUUUUAUCAGAAAGAAAACCAAUCCCUUGUCCAUGUUGUAAGAUGGGAGUGUGGCAGCCAUACAGAGAAAAACAUCCAAGAUAUGUAUUGGUUGAUAUGAGAUUGGUCACGUUUGAUUCAUUCAAGGAGCAUCCUGGUCAUAUAUCAGUCUUAGUUCAUUCUCAUUUAUCAGUGUAUGGUUUGAUAGAAAUACUUGUACAGCAAACUCAUGUUUUAUCAACCAAACUAGCCGUCUUUAUCAACAAAACUCGUAAUUUAGAGGCCAUGCUUCCUGUUGAUUCUUCCCUAGAGGAUUGUGGGUAUUUUGGAAACACGAAGGAAUCUCCGCAAGAAGUGACUUUAUAUUAUGACUAUAAUGUUGAAUUCACAGAUUGUCCUAUACUCAUGUGUGAUCAUUAUUUUGGCCAGAAAUUUGAACUACAAGUUUAA